CUCAGACUGAGGCUUUGAGCCUCCAAUCUAAAUUUGUACAACUAUAAGAAUGCGCCCUGGGAUGGGAAUAACUAAGAUGUUUUUCUCUAAAAUACACACUAGCUGAAGAAAUUUAUUCAGAACUCAACUGUACCCUAUCACAAUGGCCGAGAAAGCAAACCCUCCAGCAGUUCCUACUACCUACGAGGAACAACAACAAACCGAAACCCACGAGCUUUCUUCUAGAGAUAUGCCUGCAUAUGCGCAACCUCCUAUCGAACAGACGCCUGAGAUCCAACCGCAUCAGCCCCAGCAGACCUUCUACGCAGGUUCUCAACACCCGAGCGGCUAUAAUACUCCGACUCCGCUGUAUGCACUGCAGAAAACGCCGGCACCUGUCGACUGUCCGGCCUGCGGAGAGCGGAAAAUGACUCGCGUGGAGGCCGAAACGGGCAGUUCAACUCAUGCUUGGGCCGCAGUGCUCUGCUGCUGCCUGUGUUUAGGAUGUAUUCCAUAUAUGAUGUCGUCGCUGAAAAACCAAUGUCAUUACUGUGGUAAUUGUGGUGUCUUGUUGGCUACAUGGCAUAAUAGUGGACGCACGGAUGUGCAUCGGCCUGGCUCGAAGGAGUAAUGGGGGUUUAUUAUGCUGUUGCCUAUGCCUUUUUUCUUUCUUUCUUUAUUUCGCGCGUGCUUCAUGUGAUACCACUAGGAGUCUAUUACCAUACCCUUGGAUAUUAGUUGUGAUAAUUG